UUGCGUUUGGGGGGCGGAAUCUAAACGUAAAACCGGUCACUCAUCAGGAAACCCAGCCAACGCUAGUGGAGGUGUAGAACAAGGAACAACCUGCUGACUGGCAUCACAUUUCAUCAUGCUGUCUAUGUCCGAAUUUGUUGCUGGUGUCAGCUAUGACGAGUGCAAGGCCACAGCGGAUUGGCUGCUGUCCAACACACAGAUGCGACCAACUGUGGGAAUCGUGUGCGGUUCAGGCCUGGGGGGGCUGGCUGACAUGCUCAAGGACCCACAGGUUUUCAAAUACGGCGACAUUCCCAACUUCCCCCGCAGCACAGUGCAUGGUCAUGCAGGCCGGCUGGUGUUUGGAACGUUAAAAGGGAAGCCGUGUGUGUGCAUGCAAGGCAGGUUCCAUCUGUACGAAGGCUACCCAAUCCAAAAGAUCACGUUGCCUAUGCGUGUCUUCAAACUGAUGGGCGUGGAGACAAUGAUCCUGACCAACGCAGCAGGAGGCCUCAACCAGGACUACAAAGUGGGGGACGUCAUGAUCAUUAAAGACCACAUCAACAUGCCUGGAUUUGGUGGCAUCAACCCGCUGGCUGGACCCAAUGAUGACAGAUUUGGCGUCCGCUUUCCCUGCAUGUCUGACGCCUACGACCGCGAGCUGCGGCAGCUGGGGCACGAUGUCGCCGCAGAGCUGGGCUACAGCCACUUCCUGCGGGAGGGCGUGUACUGCGUUCUUGGCGGCCCGUCUUUUGAAACCAUCGCCGAGUGUCGCAUGCUGCACAGCUUAGGUGCUGAUGCUGUUGGGAUGAGUACAGUACACGAGGUGAUCGUUGCUCGUCAUGCUGGGAUUCGUUGCUUCGCCCUGUCGCUGAUCAGCAACCGGGCUGUGAUGGACUACGACAGCCCGGAGAGGGCCAACCACGAAGAAGUCCUGGAGACAGGAAGGCUGAGGGCCAAGCAACUGGAAAAGCUGGUGUCCACCAUGGUGGCUCGGCUAGACAACGACAACAACAACUCCUUCUGAAAACGCCACUGUACCUGAUCCCAGGCCAGCUGAGCUGCUUCCUCUCUGCAGCGCAGCAGGGGCAUUUUUAUAACGCUUGUUUGAAUGGAACAAUAAAGUUGCAGAAUCUUGAAACGCCAUGCUGGAGCUUAGACUUGAUGAAGUAGCUUUGAUGUUUAUAACCAAAGUUGAAAAUAAUAUUUUAACUGUUACCUUAAAAGGAGUCUUAAAACUGAUCCACUUUUUAUAUCCUUUUAUUUGAACUGUUUACAUGUUUUUCCUACUCACUGAGCUGUUUUAACUAUUUUAAGUCAUAAAAUCCUGCUGUGCUGCUGCAUCCAGCUGGUUUCAGUGAAACAGCAUCGUAGUUGAUUUUUAACUGUAAAAAUAUUUAUUGUUUAAUUUCUUUAAUAUUCCCUACACAACGGUAAAUAGAAUUUUUUUAUGGACCAACUCUUGGUGCAUGUCUGUAUGAGAUGUUGACAGAUGAGGUGUAAAAUAUUCUAAAAUAUUUAAAUUAUGUAUUUAAGUAUUGUUAUUGAUUUGUUUUUGAAGAAGGGAAAAUCCUUUAUAGGUUACUUACCAAAGCACAUUAAUGAUCGAAAUGUCUUCUUGCUGUGUUACCUGACAGGUUGGGUACGGGGUCAUCUUUGCUUUUAUGCAUUUUUAUAGAAACAAACAGUGGAUUUAAUUUUACAAUAAAUAACACAACCUGGAGUCAAAGUUGGGUGUUUUUUUUAACCAAAUUAACACUAAAGGGCUGAAUUUCUGAACUAAUGUGUGAUUAAUUUAAAGCUUUCCAUCUUUCAGUUACAGAUGUUUUCCUCAUAAAAAAUUGGGUUGUGAUAUGCAAUGUUUGAUGUCCACAGAUUCAAAAUUCUAAACUUCAUUGUAUUUUUUAUUGGUAAUGUCUUAUUUGAAACUUUUUAAAUUUUAUUUUUAUUUUCUUGCCUGGUGAAAUGUGCCUGUAAGUCAAAUAUAGGCUGAAUAAAGAACAUCACAGUCA